CGGCGCGCGCCAAAGCUUCUCAAGCAGCAUCGUCCCUCCAUCCUCGCUUUCGGUACCACAUUUUGCCCAACUGCACACUCCUUUGGCAACACAGCCACCACGACCACCACGACGAUCCCCACUGACGCGUCCCGCACAGGACUUUUUCACCGGCCUCAGCCUUGGCUACUGCAGCGAUUCUAGACCCACUGCCAGCGCCAUCGACGCCGCCUCCACCAUGGACGCUGGGGCCCCGCAAACAAACGGCCGCAGCCACGCCCAGCAACAGCACCACUCCAACGGCACCUCGCCAUCCGACCUCUCACAAGUCCUCGAAGCGCUGCAGGCCAUUUACUCGCCAGCCUCGAGCAACGACACGCGCAGGCAAGCCACUGAAUAUCUCGAGCAGGCCAAGCGGCACCCCGAUGCUCACCUACACGGCCACACCCUCGCCCUCGACCAGUCGCAGCCCGCACAGCUUCGCCACUAUGGCCUCACCGUGCUGGAGUACUCGAUCAAGUACAACUGGGAAGAAUUCUCUGCGGACGGGCAACUCAUGCUGAGAGGCUAUGUCGUCGAGCUCGCGGGGAACGUCACCGAGAACGACGCCGCAUACUUGAGAAACAAGAUCGCGCAGCUCUGGACAGAAAUUGCCAAGCGUAGUUGGGGCGCGGAAUGGCUGGAUAUGGACCAGCAGCUGGUCACGCUAUGGACCACCUCUCUACACCACCAAGCCAUCGUGCUGUAUAUCCUCGAGACCCUGUCCGAGGAAAUCUUCAACCGCGAGGAUCCCACAGCGGGCCUGCGAGGUAGCGAUUUGGGACGCGCGUGUGUCGACAUAUUUACGCCCCUGGCAGUCAUGCAGGAACAUCUUCCUUCGCGGGACAAGAGUUUGAAUGUGCGUUAUGGUGAGGAGGGAUGGCUCACGAGGCUGUGUGACAAUCUGGGAUGGUGUCUGGGCCAGGACUGCCAGAACCAGGAGGCUGUCAGGACAGGCGCAAUCAAGACGAUGAAUGCGCUCAGGGCUGCCAUGCCCUGGAUCAUUCCCAAAGCCAUCUCUGCCACACACGUCAUUGAAUCUGUCUGCAAGGCUCUUUCGGUUGCAGUGGUCGAACUACAAUUGGCCGCCGUCGACGUCUUGCAGGCCAUCUACAGCCGACACCAUCUCCACGACGAUGAGUUCGUCGAGCUCGUAUGUCCCAUGUUCACGCCUGCUAGCGUCAGUCUACUGCGAGAUGUAUAUAACUGGACACUGUCAGAUAUGAACAUCAACGAUCUGGACGACCAGAAAUACACAUUGUGCAAGAAGCUGUCCGAGCUGGCAAAUCACCUUGGGUUGUUCAUCGAGCAGAAACCUGAACAGAUACCAGAAGGCAGUGAUCUUGCUGGCAUCUUUGGCUUUCUCUUCGACACUCUGCAGAAUCCCAGCCUCGUUGUGUCGAUACCCGUGCUUCAUUGUUGGACCAAACUACUACGUUCGCCAGUCGUCCGAGAUUCGAGCGUGGUGAACUCAAUGGUCGGUGGUCUUCUCGAGACAUGCUGCGCGCGCUUGAUCCGAUACGAGGCCUUGCCAGAAGACACUGAAGACGUCACACUGCAGUUCUUGAACGAAGACAUUGACACUGUGCCUGAACGACAUGCUUUCUUAGGUAACUAUCGCAGAUUCUGUGCCGACGUAGUCGAAGUGCUUGUUAGGAGAACGCCAGUCGAGGCCAUGGAGCACAUCCUUGGUCGGGCAACGAACAUGCUCCAAACUCUCUACAGUGAUCAUCCACCGUUUCAGCCGCAGACGUUUUCGAAGACUUCGGCGCCUGCCUUGCGAGUCGAUGCUCAAGUCACAGUCAUAGAGGCAGCGUUGAAGGGGUAUCUUAAGUGGUUGUCCUCGCAGGGGGAAGAUCCGCAACAGGAUGAGCGAAAACGAAAUGCAAUGGAGAACUCGCUCGAGGAAUGGGGUAGGCAGAUCCUCCAAGCACGCUUCGAAGAUCCCGAGAUUGCGAAGAAGAUCAUUACGCUCAUGUCAACGCUCGCAACAAGAGCGCUUGGUGAUCGGCCUGCUUUCGCUCUCACAUUCCUUGAGUAUAUGCUGACCAUACGCCUUGCGGACAACACAACGUUCCCACAGUAUUCUGAGACAGUCAAGGAGCUAGAGCGUGUCUGCAGUUUGGAGAUGCAGAAGCUGGCGAUGAAGUUUGCCGAUGACUUCAUGAACGUGUAUGGACAGUUAGAAAGCAAGGUCAACGAGUUGAUCGCUGACCCCACUACUGAUGAACGACAGCGAAUGGCAUACUCGGCAUUCCUCUUUAUCAUCAUCCACCGGUGCACAACACUAGACCGAGGGACGCAAGAGGAGCGCAUGAGGCAGAUGCUGAACCAAGUCAAAGACGCGUGGCGAAGUGAAGAAUUGACAAAGUCGGUGUCGGAAUUCCAGUCCUUCUGUGGUGUUCUUGGUAUGAGGCGGUUACCGGACUUUCUGUCUGCAAGCAACUUUCGAGGCGUGCAAGACUGGUCUGAACAACCCCUUAACAGCGAUGGCCAGGCUAUGCAAGCUUCCAUGUUGGAGCAAUCCCAGCACUUGCCCUUGCGACUUACCAAGACUCUUCUUGCUGCUUCGACAGAAAAGCUCAAAGAUGGCUCUCCGGCUUAUGAAACUGCCGCAGUGCUGUGGGCUGAGGCAAUCCCAGUUCUUCUUCCCAAUCUCCUCCAACUCGUGAACCAUGCCCAAGCGUUCAAUGAUAUUGAUAGCAAUUGGUCGCAUCUUCCAAUCGAACUGCAGCAGGUCAUUCGUAGAGUGCUGACUGAUCGCUUUUGGCAAGCCGGUAUCUCAACUGAGAGCCGAGACGACUUCUUCAGUCGAGUAAGUGGGUCUAAAUCGACCUACGAAGGCUUUGCAUCCACAGUGCGAGGAACUGUGCGACAGAUCAGGGAGAGUUCAUACUACAUCCUGUACUCUUUGACACGUUUCCGAGAAUCUUUCUACGGUAUACAGGACUUGCCAGGACCGCUCAGCCAAGCACUAUUUGGACAUGCCCAUGCUUUGACGGCGCACCACCUGUCAGUCUUGUUGACAGUCUCUACACAUCUCAUCGAAGGGUGCCCAGUGCAGCUGCGCCAACACUUCCUACCACCGAUGGUACAAGGUCUCUUUAGGGAACUGGACAGGAAGAUCUCUUCAGAGUGGAAUGAAGUUGCUCGGCAGAUAGCGGAGUCGGGGGAUAACGACGACUUGACAGGCGAGAUGAAAACAGAGAGUAUACUUCGUCAGCUUACCUACUCGUCUGUCUCGCUUGUUGCGGUUCUACUCGACCCCAGACAAGAACUCUCCCGUCAAGACGAGCACGAUCGUCGCGAUGCAAACAACCAGCCCAUGUGCGACUUCAUCCUCUCCAUGCCAUCCGUACUCGAGCCUAUUCUCAUGUUCUGCAACUCAACCAUCCGCGUCCGCGACACAAGAUCAGUCAAUACGGUCGUACGCGUUAUGCGUUCUUUACUCCCGCGGUUUAAGGAAAAGUCACCAAUCCGCGACUACUUCUGCAACGACAUCCUCAAAUCCGCCAUCACCUCCCUUCAUGAACCAUACUUCGUCGACUGCCAAAAAGAGCUCGCCGCCCUCAUCGCAGGCGUCAUCCACCUCGACGACGAGAUCCCGCGCUCCAUCAUCCUCUCCCUACCAGGCAUGGGCGACAGCUACCGCGUCGACCGCCGUCUCGCCAAACUCAAGACUGCAAACCGACAGGACGAGCGCAUGCAGCGCGCCAUCGUGCUCGACCUCCUCAGCAGCAUCAAGGGCGUCAGCAUCCACGAGCAGGGCAAAAUCCAACGCGCGGCCCCGAAGAAGAGAUCCGCGUUCCAGGAGCAGUACAUGAGUGUUGAUCAGCCGACGGUGGUUGUCAGGGGUAAUAGCCCCGAGUUGGCGGGCGUGGCGAAUAUGUUUGGUGAUUCUUGAGUUCCUGGGUUAUUACACGGGGUAAAUGAGAAGCUAAUCGAGGGUCUGUGUAGGUGGGAUGAGUUUACAUUGCGUGUGGGUGGAUGGCGGUAAUAAGAUGAAUGGGAGGAGGGAUUCGUUCAUGAUGGGUUCUCAGCGACGACGGCGGUGGAGCGCUUGAUGGGGUUUGCAUUGCGUGGGUUGUUUGGGCUUUUCGUGCGUGUAUGAUUUGGGAAGUAGCUUUGUCGCUUGGAUUUGGGGAUUAGUCGGUUGGACUUUAUUCGGUUUGAUUGAGCUGAGCUUGGGAAGUGGUUUUCUGGAGAUGCGCGUCUGGGGUAUAUACCUUACUAGAUCUUCUUUCUGUAUGGAUAUGGAUAUGGAUAUGGAGCUGGAUAUGGAUAGCAAGUCGAUCUACAGUAUGACUUAGAACGCGUGGCUUUCUUGCUG